UGCGCGCUGCUCCCCACUGACUGACAGGCAGGCGGCCGCCCUGCCUCAAAACCCUCCAGCGCCUCGCAUCCUUCAGCUCGCUCCUCCGCAGAGCAGCUCUCCGGGCCGCGGCUGCAGCGUCCGGGGCCCCUUCACCUUCCUGGCCUCGCCGCUUCUCCAGGAUCCGUCUGUCAAACCGCUUGCUCUUCGGCCAGGAUUGCUCUGCGCUCGGCACAGCUCCGGUGCAGCCUGGCUUUGCCCUAGUGACUCCUCGGGGUGCCGGGAGCUUCGCAGGGCCGGUCUGAAGCUCACCUCUGUCCCCGCUCUUUUGUAAAUACGAAGCGCGUUGCGGAGCGAUGCAGCCUGGAGCCCGCGGCGCACCGGCGCUUGCUCUCCCCGCGGCUUGCUGAAGUCGCUUUGGAAGAGGUGGCUGCAGCACCGUCCCUCCUGGGCAGGGAAAGAGGGAGCAGCGCCCCCCCCCCCCCAGCUGCCGAGCGCUGCGGCCUGAAGACGCCCCCCGAGUGGAAGUUGAAUUAUUUUGCAGCAGGCCUCCCUCCUGCUCGGGUUUUCCAGCUGUCCAGUCGCAGGAUGGGGAGACGGCGCGGGCUUUGCCCGCAGCUUUAUUGCUUGUGGCUGGGCUGUGUCGCGCUGUGGGCGCAGGGAGCAGCCGGGCAGCAAAAGCAACAGCAGGUCCGGCCCGCGGGGGGAACAUACGCCAUCUACCCAGCCUCGGAGAAUCGGGAGGACGGAGCAGGGGCCGCCACCAGCCGGGUCCGAAGGAGAGGCCAGCAGGAUGUGCUUAGGGGGCCAAACGUGUGUGGCUCUAGAUUCCACUCCUACUGUUGUCCUGGAUGGAAAACGCUCCCUGGAGGAAAUCAGUGUAUUGUUCCAAUUUGUAGAAAUAGUUGUGGUGAUGGAUUUUGUUCCCGUCCUAAUAUGUGCACUUGCUCCAGUGGACAAAUAUCACCUACCUGUGGAUCAAAAUCUAUACAACAGUGCAGUAUCAGAUGCAUGAAUGGUGGUACUUGUGCAGACGACCAGUGCCAGUGCCAGAAGGGGUAUAUUGGAACUUACUGUGGACAACCUGUCUGUGAAAAUGGUUGCCAGAAUGGAGGACGUUGUAUUGGACCCAACCGCUGUGCAUGCGUAUAUGGAUUUACUGGCCCUCAGUGCGAAAGAGAUUAUAGAACAGGCCCCUGUUUCACUCAGGUCAACAACCAGAUGUGUCAGGGCCAGCUGACUGGCAUUGUUUGCACGAAGACUCUUUGUUGUGCAACCAUCGGACGUGCCUGGGGCCAUCCUUGCGAGAUGUGUCCUGCCCAGCCUCAGCCAUGUCGUCGUGGCUUCAUUCCUAACAUCCGCAAUGGAGCAUGUCAAGAUGUUGAUGAGUGCCAGGCUAUACCAGGGGUCUGUUCAGGAGGAAACUGCAUUAAUACAGUUGGCUCUUAUGAAUGCAAGUGUCCUGCUGGUCACAGACAGAAUGAGGCAACUCAGAAAUGUGAAGAUAUCGAUGAGUGCAGUAUCGUUCCAGGAAUCUGCGAAGGUGGCGAAUGUUCUAACACAGUGGGAAGUUAUUUCUGCAUUUGUCCACGUGGCUAUGUCACAUCUACAGAUGGAUCCCACUGUAUUGAUCAAAGGGCAGGCACAUGUUUCUCCAGCUUGGUGAAUGGUCGCUGUGCACAAGAACUUCCGAAUAGGUUUACCAAAAUGCAGUGCUGUUGUGAAUCUGGUCGAUGCUGGGCCAUUGGAUCUGUUCCUGAGAUGUGUCCUGUGAGAGGCUCUGAUGAAUACCGCAGACUUUGCAUAGAUGGAGUUCCUGUAGGAGGUGGUUCCAGACCUGGUGGACCAGGAGGCAAUGGAUUCCUUCCUGGUGGAAAUGGGAAUAGCUAUGGCCCGGGAGGAACUGGAUUUAUUCCCAUUCCAGGUGGCAAUGGCUUCUCCCCUGGUGUAGGAGGAGCAGGUGUUGGGACUGGUGGCCAGACUCACACUGGAAAUGGUGCAAUCAUUACUGGGCUGACAAUCCUCAAUCAGACAAUAGAUAUAUGUAAACACCACCCCAAUCUCUGCUUAAAUGGACGCUGCAUACCAACAAUUUCCAGUUACCGAUGUGAGUGCAACAUGGGAUAUAAGCAAGAUGCAAAUGGGGAUUGUAUAGAUGUUGAUGAGUGCACAUCAAACCCAUGCACUAAUGGAGAUUGUGUUAAUACACCUGGAUCCUAUUACUGCAAAUGCAAUGCAGGUUUCCAGAGAACACCUACCAAGCAAGCUUGCAUUGAUAUUGAUGAAUGCAUACAGAAUGGCGUUCUUUGUAAAAAUGGCCGGUGUGUGAACACUGAUGGAAGUUUCCAGUGUAUUUGCAAUGCUGGGUUUGAACUAACAACGGAUGGAAAAAACUGUGUUGAUCAUGAUGAGUGCACCACCACCAACAUGUGUUUAAAUGGGAUGUGCAUAAAUGAGGAUGGUAGCUUCAAAUGUAUCUGUAAACCAGGGUUUGUCCUGGCUCCAAAUGGGCGUUACUGUACUGAUAUUGAUGAAUGUCAGACACCAGGAAUUUGCAUGAAUGGUCAUUGCAUCAACACUGAAGGUUCUUUUCGGUGUGAAUGUCCACCAGGCCUGGCUGUUGGGGUUGAUGGCCGUGUUUGUGUAGAUACUCAUAUGCGCAGCACAUGCUAUGGAGGAAUCAAAAAAGGAGUGUGUGUCCGCCCUUUCCCUGGGGCAGUGACAAAAUCUGAAUGUUGCUGUGCCAAUCCAGACUAUGGCUUUGGAGAGCCAUGUCACCCAUGUCCUGCCAAGAACUCAGCUGAUUUCCAUGGCCUGUGUAGCAGUGGAGUAGGCAUUACUGUGGAUGGACGAGAUAUUAAUGAGUGUGCAUUGGAUCCUGAUAUUUGCGCCAAUGGAAUUUGUGAAAAUCUACGUGGUAGCUAUCGUUGUAAUUGUAACAGUGGCUAUGAACCUGAUCCCUCUGGAAGGAACUGUGUUGACAUUGAUGAAUGUUCAGUGAACAGACUGCUGUGUGACAAUGGCCUGUGUCGAAACACACCUGGAAGCUACAGCUGUACAUGUCCAAAGGGUUAUGUAUUCAGCACUGAGACUGACACAUGUGAAGAUAUAAAUGAAUGUGAAAUCAACCCAUGUGUCAACGGCGCCUGCAGGAACAAUCUUGGUUCUUUCAAUUGUGAGUGUUCACUUGGCAGUAAACUGGAUUCUACUGGAUUGAUUUGCAUUGAUAGUCUGAAAGGAACGUGCUGGCUGAACAUCCAAGACAGUCGCUGUGAAGUAAACAUUAAUGGUGCUACACUAAAAUCAGAAUGUUGUGCUACUUUAGGAGCUGCUUGGGGCAGCCCUUGUGAGCGAUGUGAAUUAGAUGCAGCUUGCCCAAGAGGAUUUGCCAGAGUUAAGGGAGUUACCUGUGAAGAUGUAAAUGAGUGUGAUGUUUUCCCGGGUGUUUGUCCCAAUGGACGUUGUGUUAACAGCAGAGGAUCAUUUCACUGUGAGUGUCCAGAAGGCCUGACAUUGGAUGGAACAGGUCGAGUGUGUUUAGAUAUCCGCAUGGAGCAAUGUUACCUGAAGUGGGAUGAAGAUGAGUGCAUUCAGUCUGUACCUGGCAAGUUUCGUAUGGAUGCCUGCUGCUGUGCUGUUGGUGCUGCUUGGGGCUCAGACUGUGAGGAAUGUCCUAAGCCUGGCACCAAAGAAUAUGAGGCCUUGUGCCCUAGGGGACCUGGUUUUUCCAACAGGGGAGAUGUUCUAACUGGCAGGCCAUUUUAUAAAGAUAUUAAUGAAUGUAAAGUGUUCCCUGGUAUGUGCAUGAAUGGCAAAUGCAGGAACACAGUUGGAAGUUUCAAGUGUAGAUGUAACAGCGGGUUUGCUUUAGAUAUGGAGGAAAGAAACUGUACAGACAUUGAUGAGUGUCGUAUCUCCCCGGACCUCUGUGGAAGUGGUACCUGUGUCAACACUCCAGGCAGCUUUGAAUGUGAAUGCUUUGAGGGCUAUGAAAGUGGAUUUAUGAUGAUGAAGAAUUGCAUGGACAUAGAUGAAUGUGAACGUAACCCUCUCCUUUGCAGAGGUGGCACUUGUGUGAACACAGAAGGCAGCUUUCAAUGUGACUGUCCUUUGGGACAUGAACUAUCACCAUCACGUGAGGAUUGUGUGGAUAUAAAUGAAUGCUCAUUGAGUGAUAAUCUCUGCAGAAAUGGCAAGUGUGUGAACAUGAUUGGAACAUAUCAAUGUUCCUGUAACCCCGGAUACCAGGCCACUCCAGACAGACAAGGCUGCACUGAUAUUGAUGAAUGUAUGAUCAUGAAUGGAGGCUGUGACACACACUGCACCAACUCGGAGGGCAGCUAUGAAUGUAGUUGCAGUGAUGGCUAUGCUCUCAUGCCAGAUGUGAGAACAUGUGCAGAUAUUGAUGAAUGUGAAAACAACCCAGAUAUCUGCGAUGGUGGGCAGUGUACUAAUAUUCCAGGAGAAUAUCGCUGUCUUUGUUAUGAUGGCUUCAUGGCUUCUAUGGACAUGAAAACCUGUAUUGAUGUGAAUGAAUGUGACUUGAAUUCCAACAUCUGUAUGUUUGGAGAGUGUGAGAACACCAAGGGAUCCUUCAUUUGCCACUGUCAGCUAGGAUAUUCAGUCAAGAAAGGAACCACUGGAUGCACAGAUGUGGACGAGUGUGAGAUUGGUGCCCACAACUGCGACAUGCAUGCCUCAUGUGUUAAUGUCCCAGGAAGCUUCAAAUGCAGCUGCAGAGAGGGAUGGAUGGGAAAUGGCAUUAAAUGUAUUGAUCUUGAUGAAUGUUCUAAUGGAACCCACAAGUGUAGUGUGAAUGCUCAAUGUGUGAACACUCCUGGGUCAUACCGUUGUGCCUGUGCUGAGGGAUUCACUGGAGAUGGAUUCACUUGUUCUGAUAUUGAUGAGUGUGCAGAAAAUGUUAAUCUGUGUGAGAAUGGACAGUGCCUGAAUGUCCCUGGUGCAUAUCGAUGUGAGUGUGAAAUGGGAUUCACUCCAGCUUCAGACAGCAAAUCUUGCCAAGAUAUUGAUGAAUGCACCUUCCAGAACAUUUGUGUUUUUGGAACCUGCAAUAACUUACCAGGCAUGUUUCACUGUAUCUGCGAUGACGGCUAUGAACUGGAUAGAACUGGAGGAAACUGUACAGAUAUUGAUGAGUGUGCUGAUCCCAUUAACUGUGUUAAUGGUCUCUGUGUGAAUACGCCUGGGAGGUAUGAGUGUAACUGCCCACCAGAUUUCCAGCUGAACCCAACUGGAGUAGGUUGUGUGGAUAAUCGUGUUGGCAAUUGUUACCUGAAAUAUGGACCCCGAGGGGAUGGGAGCCUAUCCUGCAACACUGAAAUUGGCGUCGGAGUCAGUCGCUCCUCAUGCUGCUGCUCUUUGGGGAAGGCCUGGGGGAUCCCCUGUGAGACUUGUCCCCCUGUAAACAGCACGGAAUAUAAUACUCUGUGUCCAGGGGGUGAGGGAUUCAGACCAAAUCCCAUCACUAUCAUCUUAGAAGAUAUCGAUGAAUGCCAGGAGUUACCAGGGCUCUGUCAAGGUGGAAACUGCAUCAAUACUUUUGGCAGCUUCCAGUGUGAAUGUCCACAAGGCUACUACCUCAGUGAAGAAACACGGAUCUGUGAAGAUAUUGAUGAGUGUGUUGCACAUCCUGGUGUCUGUGGCCCUGGGACCUGCUACAACACUCUGGGGAACUACACCUGCAUCUGUCCCCCUGAAUACAUGCAGGUGAAUGGAGGACACAAUUGCAUGGAUAUGAGAAAGAGCUUUUGCUAUAGAAGCUACAAUGGAACCUCCUGUGAGAAUGAACUGCCCUUCAACGUGACCAAGAGGAUGUGCUGCUGCACGUACAAUGUUGGCAAAGCCUGGAACAAGCCUUGUGAGCCAUGUCCAACCCCAGGAACAGCGGAAUUUAAGACCAUAUGUGGGAACAUUCCUGGCUUCACCUUUGACAUCCAUACUGGCAAAGCUGUUGAUAUUGAUGAAUGUAAGGAGAUCCCAGGAAUCUGUGCAAAUGGUGUUUGCAUUAACCAGAUUGGCAGUUUCCGCUGUGAAUGUCCCACAGGAUUCAGCUACAGUGACCUACUCUUGGUCUGUGAAGAUAUUGAUGAGUGCAGCAAUGGAGACAAUCUCUGCCAGCGAAAUGCAGACUGUAUCAACAGUCCUGGGAGUUACCGCUGUGAAUGUGCUGCAGGUUUCAAACUUUCACCUAAUGGUGCCUGUAUUGAUCGCAAUGAAUGUUUGGAAAUUCCUAAUGUUUGCAGUCAUGGCAUGUGUGUGGACAUGCAAGGAGGUUACCAGUGCAUCUGUCACAAUGGUUUUAAGGCAUCCCAAGAUCAAACCAUGUGCAUGGAUGUUGAUGAAUGUGAACGCCAUCCAUGUGGAAAUGGAACUUGUAAAAACACAGUUGGAUCAUAUAACUGUCUUUGUUACCCAGGAUUUGAGCUCACUCAUAAUAAUGACUGUAUGGAUAUUGAUGAGUGCAGUUCCUUCUUUGGUCAGGUGUGCAGAAAUGGACGAUGUUUUAAUGAAAUUGGUUCUUUCAAAUGUUUAUGUAAUGAAGGAUAUGAACUUACUCCGGAUGGCAAGAAUUGCAUUGAUACUAAUGAGUGUAUGGCACUUCCUGGUGCAUGCUUUCCUGGGACUUGUCAGAAUUUGGAAGGGUCAUUCAGAUGCAUCUGCCCACCAGGAUAUGAAGUGAAAAGUGAAAGCUGUAUUGAUAUUGAUGAGUGCAAUGAAGACCCCAACAUCUGUCUCUUUGGCUCCUGCACUAAUACUCCAGGAGGCUUUCAAUGCACCUGUCCCAUAGGCUUUGUGCUGUCUGACAAUGGACGAAGGUGUUUUGAUACCCGGCAGAGCUUCUGUUUCACUAACUUUGAAAAUGGGAAAUGCUCUGUCCCAAAGGCUUUCAACACCACCAAGGCAAAAUGUUGCUGCAGUAAGAUGCCAGGAGAGGGAUGGGGUGAUCCUUGUGAGCUCUGCCCCAAGGAAGAAGAAGUUGCUUUCCAGGAUUUGUGUCCCUAUGGCCAUGGAACUAUCCCUGGGAUUGAUGAUACACGGGAAGAUGUCAAUGAAUGUCUUGAGAGCCCAGGCAUUUGUUCAAAUGGUCAUUGUAUCAACACUGAUGGAUCAUUCCGCUGUGAGUGCCCCAUGGGAUACAACUUAGAUUACACUGGAGUGCACUGUGUGGAUACUGAUGAAUGUUCGAUUGGCAAUCCAUGUGGAAAUGGCACAUGCACUAAUGUGAUUGGUAGUUUUGAAUGUAACUGUCAUGAAGGAUUUGAGCCAGGCCCAAUGAUGAAUUGUGAAGACAUAAAUGAGUGUGCGCAGAACCCUUUGCUGUGUGCUUUUCGGUGCAUCAACACUUACGGUUUCUAUGAAUGCACCUGUCCAGUUGGCUAUGAACUGAGAGAAGACCAAAAGAUGUGCAAAGACCUGGAUGAAUGUGCUGAAGGUCUUCAUGAUUGUGAAUCAAGAGGCAUGAUGUGCAAAAAUUUGAUUGGCACCUUCAUGUGUAUCUGCCCUCCUGGAAUGACCCGUAGACCUGAUGGAGAAGGCUGCAUGGAUGAAAAUGAAUGCCGUACCAAGCCAGGUAUCUGUGAAAAUGGUCGCUGUGUGAACAUUAUUGGAAGCUACAGGUGUGAAUGUAAUGAAGGAUUCCAGUCAAGCCCAUCAGGCACUGAGUGCCUUGAUAACCGCCAAGGAUUCUGCUUUGCUGAAGUUUUACAGACAAUGUGCCAGAUGGCUUCCAGUAGCCGUAACCUUGUCACCAAGUCAGAGUGCUGCUGUGAUGGAGGGCGAGGCUGGGGUAACCAGUGUGAGCUUUGUCCACUGCCAGGAACCACCCAAUAUAAGAAACUCUGUCCACAUGGACCAGGAUAUACAACAGAUGGAAGAGAUAUUGAUGAAUGUAAGGUCAUGCCAAAUCUGUGUAGAAAUGGCCAGUGCAUCAACACAAUGGGUUCCUUCAGAUGCUUUUGUAAAGUUGGCUACACCACUGAAAUAAGUGGGACAUCCUGUGUGGAUCUUGAUGAAUGCUCCCAGUCUCCAAAACCAUGCAACUUUAUCUGCAAGAACUCAGAAGGAAGCUACCAGUGCUCAUGUCCCCGUGGCUACAUCCUGCAAGAGGAUGGAAAGACAUGUAAAGAUCUUGACGAAUGUCAAACCAAACAACACAACUGCCAGUUCCUCUGUGUCAACACUCUUGGGGGCUUCACAUGUAAAUGUCCACCAGGCUUCACUCAACAUCAUACUGCUUGUAUUGAUAACAAUGAGUGUGGUUCACAGCCAUCACUUUGUGGAUCAAAAGGAAUCUGUCAAAACACUCCUGGAAGUUUCAGCUGUGAGUGUCAGAGAGGCUUCUCUCUGGAUUCUACUGGAUUAAACUGUGAAGAUGUGAAUGAAUGUGAUGGAAACCAUAGGUGCCAACAUGGCUGCCAGAACAUUCUGGGUGGCUACAGAUGUGGGUGCCCACAAGGGUACAUUCAACAUUAUCAGUGGAAUCAGUGUGUUGAUGAAAAUGAAUGUACCAACCCUAAUGCUUGUGGCACUGCUUCCUGCUACAACACACUUGGAAGUUACAAGUGCGCUUGUCCAUCUGGAUUUUCUUAUGACCAGUUCUCUAGUGCGUGCCAUGAUGUGAAUGAAUGUUCCUCCACGAAAAAUCCCUGCAAUUACGGCUGUUCCAACACAGAAGGUGGUUAUCUCUGUGGCUGCCCUCCUGGAUACUACAGAGUUGGACAAGGCCAUUGUGUCUCAGGAAUGGGAUUUAACAAAGGCCAGUAUCUCCCUCUGGGUGGAGAUGUAGAUGAAGAAAAUGCUUUGUCCCCUGAAGCAUGUUAUGAAUGCAAAAUCAAUGGCUACGCCAAUAAAAACAGCAGGAAGAAAAGAAGUGUGAAUGAAACUGAGCAAGCAGAGAUUGAGCAGAUUAGCUUGGAAAGUUUAGACAUUGACUCUCCUUUGAAGAUGAGGCUGAACUUCUCUGGACUUGGUAACAAAGAACACAUUCUAGAAUUCAUGCCAGCCAUACAGCCCCUUACGAACCAUGUCCGCUACAUCAUCUCCCACGGCAAUGACUAUGGCAUCUUUCAAAUCCAUCAGAGGGAUGGACUUAGUUAUCUGCACACAGCUAAGAAAAAGUCAGUGCCAGGCACUUACACACUGGAAAUCACUAGCAUUCCUCUAUACAAGAAGAAGGAGCUAAAGAAACUGGAAGACAGUAAUGUGGACAACUACCUCCUAGGAGAGCUUGGAGAAGUGCUCCAAAUGAGACUGUGGAUUGAACUCUAUUAGCCACCUCUUCUAGACUUAAUCCAGUUCUUGAAUCACUUCUGUUCAUCUAUUUAUCCACCUGAGCAUGUCUACUUUUCAAAAGCUUUAAGGAGUCAAUGACUUAAAAGAAGAAAAGAAAAAAAAGACCUAUCUUUCCAUCCUGCCAAGACUGCAGAAUGACCCUGGCAGAAGGAAUGACUGACUCUGCCAUGGUCAAAAGUUUGAUUACAAGGGCAACCAUGGUUACUGUAUCCUUUAUAUAACCUCAAUUUAAAGUAUAUUAAAACUAAAGUUCAAGAGGUCAACACAUGGCACUAAAUGGCACAAAAAUGUGAACAAUUUUUUUCCUGUGAGCAGUCUGUAACACUUUGGGUAUUUUGCUAUAGGUGCUAAUUAAAAAAUAUAGAUGUUUAUUUAUUUUAAUGCAGUAAUAUAUGGAGAAAUUACAAACUAUGUAAACAAAAGGGAAACAUUUGUUUUUCUUUAGAUUUAUAAAUUUGAGCUAUUUUAGAGGUAUUCUUAAAAAAAAUCCAGUAGAUUUGAAAAAGGUUUCCUUUUGUUUGUGUGCCAGUUGUCCAAAUACUUUUUAAAAAACAUUUGCAUGCUAUUACCAGCUCUGAUACCAUCUUCUAAAAGACAUUGAAAAGUACGCUUCAAAAACAUUGAGUAUUCAAAAAAAGUUUUAAAUGACUAGAAUUACAAUAUUAGGCUCUGUAAAGAUGAUCAUAUUUCACUGCCGGUCACUAGGACUAUAUUCUGUAUCAGCCACCUGAAAUAAUGGAAGCUGAGGCACAACCACUGUAGCAAAAUACCUUGACUGCUUGUGAUACCAUUACCAUUGCAGGCCAACCUGUACUGUAUUUCCUUCCGAUAACCUCAAGGUACCACAUGUGCUACCACAACACCUCAUUCUCACAAAAGGUGCUCUACAUACUUGCAUUACUGUAGGCAGCUGAAGAAAAAAAAGUCUUUCCUUUGAAGGGAACACCUGAUGUUUCACUCCGUUUGGUGCUGGCUUGGAUUAAUGGUGCAUUUACUAGGAUUGAGCUGUUUCAGGACUGCCAUAUGUGCAAACUAAUUACGCAGUGCAGACCAGGAAAAUAUAUUUGAAAUCAUGUUUUUAGAAGUUUCAUUAAUACUGUAGUUAUACACCAUAUGCCUCAUUUUAUCCUAGCCUAUUUUGUAAGAAAGAUGUCUGUACAUGACAUUUAGUUUUCUUUAGCAAUUUUUUUAAAAUGUUGUACCAGUCUGUGUUACAUGUAUGUCGCCAUGGUGCUUUUUUUUUUUUUUUUUUUGGACUGCUGGUGCCUGUAACUCGUCAUAGAACAGAACCUCAUUAUGUGAGCAGCCAAAGCACAUGCAGACUCCAGGUUUAUUUCAGUCAUGUAGCUGUGCUGACCAAAGAUUAGUUACAAGUUACACUCUGAGUUUUUGGGGAAGAGAACCCUUCUACAUUUUAAAUCAACUGUUUGUGAGUUUAUUUUAUUUGUAGGUCUGUAUCACUAUGACAACACUUUUCUUGCAAUAAAGCUUAUUUUGGGGUAGGUGUCUUGAAUUAUACAUGUAUUUUAAAGAGAACACCUGCUUAACUGCAUAGUUGGAUGGUGUCACUAAUGAAGGGCAGAAACAGCAGUCAGUGUAGGUGCCUUCUUCCCUGGCUGGAUACUAACUAGGUUCUUCAGGGCACACUGAGGAACUAUGCUAAAUAUUCUGUCCUGGCACAGUGUUGAAUUAAAUUUAUCACACAACAUUAGAAAAACCUAGAUCCUAAGUCUGUUUCCCUUAUACUGCUAUACAUGGGGAGUAACUCCAGUGAAAUCUCACACUUACUUGCAACCUUUGCCUAUAAACUCAGAGUGCAGUAUUUGACUCAAUUACACCUCUUUCCCGAUAUAACACAGUAAAGCAGUGCUCUGGGGGGGAAGAGGGGGGGAGGAGGCUGCGCAUGCCGGUGGAUCAAAGCAAGUUAAAUAUAACGCGGUUUCACCUAGACUGUGGUAAAAAAUUUUGGCUCCCGAGGACAGCGUUAUAUCGGGGUAGAGGUGUAUUUUUAAAUAAUGCUUCAUAAGUAGUACAACAUUCAUUAUUAAAUGCAAUGUCCUAGAAUCAGACGGCUAGAUUCAUAAAGAGACUUGGAUGCUUAAGUCCCAAGAUCAGGCGCCCCUAGUAAUAACACAACCCCACUUCAUCUGCUCAAGGAGGCGGCAGGGUUUGAACAGGGAUCUUUUUCUUCCUCGGGCAUUGGAAAGGACUUGAAGCAGGGGCUCCCACAUCCCAGAUGAGAUUCCUAACCCCAGGGCUAAAAAGAGGGAAAAAAGUACAUAGGCACCUAACUUAGAAGUGUAACAGCUGAGAACCCCAAGCAGAGAUACACACCUCCCACAAGUGCAGAUUAGGUGCUAUACUCCCUGAGAAGGGUCAAGCUUAGGACACAUCCCUCCCCUCAGUAUCUCCCACUGACUACCUUAGGCAGGGAGCUGCCUAAUGUCUUGGCUUUUGUGAAUCCCAUUUUAGAGGUCUGUCUUAUUCACUGUAUAAGGAGCCUGAGUGCCUAAUUUAGGGUUUCUAAAUCUCAGUGAUUUAGGCACCAGCAUCCUAACUUUAACACAAACUCCUUCAGGAAUCUAACCCAAAGCCUCCUGAGCCAAAGACGAGACCAUUCCCAAAGAAUCCAUUCCAGAUUUUACACAGAGCAAUUGCAUGCUAGGUUAAGAUUGGUGCUUCAGAUUAUACUAUCCAGCCAUGUGUUUAUGUUCCAUCAAUUGUAACAUCAGCAGGGAUGGAGGAAAGCAGCAGCAUGGGACAGAGCACUGGACCGAGAAUCAGGAGACCUGGAUUCUGUUACUGUCUCACACUUUUACCCUGGGCAAGUCACAUAGAAUUCAUCUACAUAGAGAAGCUAUUGUGAAAUAGGCUGAAUGGGAAUUUAAAGUACAAUAGCUUCCCAUGAUGAUACUCGUUCUGCACUAAGUUUGCCUUUUUUGCACUGUAGCUUAAUCCAGUUCCAAAAGUGGAUUAAGUUAAACUGCAUCUAGACACUUUGUCUACAUGGCAGAAAAAAAAUGUGUGUUCUUAACUUGAGUUUGCUAACUGGGGUUUAAGAAAUGGCAGUGAAAACAACAGCUCAGCUUUUAAUUUUGGUUAGCAGUUCAGAGACUGAACUUCAACUACUAACAAGAGUUAAAAGCUGAGCUGCGAUAUAUCUUCACUGCCAUUUUUUAAACCCCAAUUAACAUUUUUUCUCUGCAGGGUAAGCAUAUUCUCAGUGUGGAAUAGGAGUGUCCAUAGCGCAAGCUAUUCCAGGCAAGAUCUUAAACCCUGUAGCUCAGAUUUCUCAGUCUCUGAAGUACAAAUGACUUCAAUGGAAGAUGAAGAGACUCCACAGUUUGCAGUAUUAGCCCUACUUACCCUCAGUGCUACUCAGAGAGAAAUGGCACUAUACAAAUCGAAGCUAUGCUAUUAUAAAAGCCAAGUUCCAUGAUUAUUCCUACAUUAGGUGUCUAAUUCAGUAGUAUUUAACUGGGUACAUUUGUAUUAGAAAUAAAUGUCAUUUCUUUUCCCUAAGAUAAUGAAUGGAAUCAGUAACAACAACAGGUAGUAAAAUACCACUGUAAUAUACUGCAUGAACAAUGAGAACAUUAAAUUGCUCUUCCCAACUGUUGGCACUAAUGCUAUUUGCAGAUUAAGUAAAAGUCAUGACAAGUUUAAGAAAUCAUGCACUUAAAUUUAACUCCAGGGGAAAUAAAGAACCAGGAAGUAUGGUAUAACAACUGUUCCCAAUAUUACCUUUUGCCAAUUAGCUGCAAAGAAUGAUUGAGCUAUUUACUCUUGGGAUAGUCUCUCUUAAAAUGUGCAUGCGUUCAAAUCCAUGUGGCACUUGUUAGUACUGCAAUUUAAGUAUUGCAGUAUGAAAUUACCUGGAACCAAAAACAAUGAGGAGUCCUUGUGGCACCUUAGAGACUAACAAAUUUACCUGGAACCAGCUAUUUAACACUAACUUUGGAUAUAUUGUCAUGGAAGCUGUAUUAAAAUUCAAACCUGCUCCUGGAUAGAAUGAUUGACAUAUACACCAGUAAAAGCCCAUCUGAGGCUUUACAAGUAUCUCUAGUAAUAAAGAAUGGUAAUAUCAGUAACUAGUUUUCAAGAAAAUUACUCGUUCUCCCAACAUGGGAGCUCUCCAGAAGUGCUUAUUGCAGUAAGAGACAAUAGUGUGAACCAUGGAGCGUGGUUAUCUUUUGUUGCUGCUCGCUAUUUGCUUUCCAUUGUUAGCAUUCUUAUUAACUGUUCCUUAGAGGAUACAGCAUUUAAGCAUUAGUGUAUUUUAUAUGCACUAUAAACACUUUGGGCCAUACAAUAUGCUGAAAGAGUGUAUUUUGCAUGGUCACCAGGUGAAAAAGGUUUAAUGAUUUUUAGGACAAAAGUACCACCAAAUUCUGAGCUCAUUUACCUGUGUAAUUUUUAGGUAACUUCACUGAUGAUACAGUGGGCACAAAUUAAGACUCUUAUCUUUUUACCAGUAGAGAGAAGAUAUAGCCAGUUGGGGUCAAUAUUCCCUAUUCUUAUAAUGGGGCAUAUGGCUAGAACCAGGAAUAUCCAUUAACUGCAUGUACUAUACUCCAAAGUUAUACUGAUGUAAAUUAGCUCAGCAUCUGGCAGCAGUUAUUUAAACACCCACCCACCCUUAAUGCUAGUGUCUUUUCAUUUGAAAAUGAUCUCUAAAAGUGAUGGGACGUGAUUACAUAUAAACUAAUGGAAAAUAUUGAUCCCCUAGAAACCUAUAAAAACAAUAAUGCAUGCAGUUAAAAGCAAAUUGAGAAUCUCCCUGUUCUCUAAAGGAAGUUGCAAUAUUAGACGUGUUGGCAAAUUAGAGUAAAGUUCUGGACCACACAGAGGCCUGGUCCCACCAACAAGGAAUCUAUCCAUUGCUGAGUGGUGAUCUUUACCUACAGUGAGCAAGCAAUGUUGUGGCAGAGUUGUGUGUUUGUUGUUGGGGUUUUAUACACACACCCCUACCCACACACACCCCUCUGGUUAAGAGAGGCUGAAUUCCAAUCACCUGGUACGUACUGGGUUAUUCACGUGUGUUUUGAACUAUGUUAAAGCAGAAAUUGUAAAAUACACAUGUAUAAUAAUCCGCUUAAAGGUGCUAUAAAAUUGCAAAGAUCUUUUCAAAUGUAGGCAUUGUCCUGAUUUUACAGAUUGGCAGGCUUAACAUUUUUGUGCCUCAAUUUCCUAAGUCACAAGACAACCUAGGACUGGAGUCAGGACUCCUAGGCUCCUGCUGCACUCACGGGAUCAACUCGUACAUGGGGUAGGGAAUAGUAAUUUACAAGUAUGUCAGGUUUUUGAUGCUGGAUGAAUUUUUAAAUCCUAGGGCUAAAGAGACUCCUGUAUAUAAACCACAAUUACAAUGUGGAGGUUUUGUUAGAUAUCCAUCAAUGGCAGCACCAUAUUAAUCAGGGCCAGUUUUCCAUGUCACAGAAUCAGCAAUAUCAUUAGAAUUCCUGCUUCAUCUCAUGUUAUUUCUAGCCCAAAAAUUCACUCUAUCAUCUUGUCAGCGUCCCCUAUUUACCCACCCCUGAGGGCAAAUUUAUUAGGAAGCUGCCAAAAAGAUAUUUCAAUUCCUGUGUCAAAUAAUGAACUUGGGGGAGGGGAGUUGAAUUGUACCUGAGAAGAUUUAUUAGUAACAAUAGGAUUCAGGAAAGGUUCUGAAGCCCUUUUAAGUAUUUUGUUUUGGACCAAUGCACCAGGCUGACAUCUGAAUACUACAUGCAUGUCCUCCAGGCCUACAGUACUUGGAAUAAAUCCAUUCUGGGCCAGAGGGAAAGCCAGAACUCUGCACAUUUGUUCUAAAUUUAAUUUUCUUCCACUCUCAUUAAAGUCCUAAACACCAGGUUGUAUUUGGAAUAGAAACUCUGGCUGAUAUCAAUUUUCACCACUUGAAACUGUGUGCGCUUCUGUGAGCCCUGCUCUUACCUCAAGAUUUUUUUUCUGGGAGACACUUUUCAGCAUGGCUGCUUUGCACCAUUCUUCUAUUUCUGCAAUCCAACCUUAUUUGGAGCAGUAAUUUCAUUGCACCUUUUCAUGUCCUAUGCUGCCUUUCUAAGCUAAAGUGGCAGAUGGGAAGAGAGGCUUUUCAUUAAUAAAAAUAUGUUUGCAUCAUGUAGGUUUUUAACAUCCUGGAGGCUGGAUCCUGCAUCAAUGAAAUCAAUAGGACUUUCACCAUUGACUUACAUAAGCCCAAGCCCCUAGUUUUCUCUGUAUGGUGAUGUUGACAGGAAGGUUCAUUUUUCCUUUAUAGUCUUCUAAGGUACGCUCACCAUUAAUAAAAGUAAUCCUUUUCAGCGUUAGCUACUGCCAUCCUGAGUUUCAAUUGGAUGGAGCAGGCUGUCAGAAGACCAUCGAUAUCAGGGAUCGGCAAACUUUGGCACGCAGCCUGCCAGGGUAAGCCCCCAGUGGGCCGGGCUAGUUUGUUUACUUGCCGCGUCCGCAGGUUCGGCCGAUCGCAGCUCCCACUGGCUGCAGUUCACCGCUCCAGGCCAAUGGGGGCUGUGGGAAGCGGCGGCCAGCACAUCCGUCAGCCCGCGCCGCUUCCCGCAGGUUGCCGAUCCCUAGUCAACAUUCUUCAGCAACACCAAAGGAUUUUAUCACAACAAUGAAGUAAUUUUAGUAAGUGGAAAGCAUAUGCUUACAAUUCUAAUGGUUUUCAGGGUCAAAAUUUAAUUAAUUCUGGGCCAAAUCUGGAUAUCAAUGAUAAAAGUUGGGGGUAAAUAUCUGGAGUUCCAGGCUUUAGGCCCAAAUCAAAGGUAUUUAGGCACCUAACUCCCAGGAGAGCAACAAAACCAGACGAAAAAGUAAAGAUUUAAAAAAAUCAGGCAUGUUUAGUCUUGAGAAAAGAAGGGGGGGGGGGAGGGGGCAGGAGCCUGAUAACAGUUUUCAAAUAUGUUAAAAAGGACUCUUAUGAAGAGGCCAGUGAUCAACUGUUCUCCAUGUCUACUGAAGCUAAGACAAGAAGUAAUGGGCUUAAUCUGCAGCAAGGGAGAUUUAGGUUAGAUAUUAAGAAAAACUUUCUAACAUAAGCUCUGGAACAGGCUUCCAAAAGAGGUUGUGGAAUUCCCCAUCAUUGGCAGUUUUUAAGAACAGUUUGGACAAACACCUGCCAUGUCCUGCCUCAGCACAGGAGGCUGGACUUGAUGACCCCAAGGUCCCUUCCAGCCUUACAUUUCUAUGCUUCUAUUAUUAUUAUUUAAAGUUGAACCACCAUGCAGGUACAAGACUGAUUUUUUUAAUACCCUCAUUACUCAACUAAAUCAAAACAGAUUUUCAUCAGGCAACUGAAAGACAUCAGCUUUGUCAAUGGUUUAUCUUCUAGCCUAAUUUAAAAUUUUCUAUAUAGAGUUUGGAGUAACAGUGAUCAAGUGGUCUCACACAUUUUAUUUAUAUAUAUAUUAUAGGAAAAAUAAUGUUUUCACUCAGCACUUACUUUAAAGCAACAAAAUAACUGCUUCAUUCUUAUUCCCUUUUUUUUUUUUUUUUUAAAUAUAUAAAGGAAGAUAAAAUCACCAGACCUGGAAAACUUCAGCAAAAAAAUGAAAGUCUGAGAAAGUUCUGAGCAACUGAUACAGGGCAAUUUAUAAUGGAAACACUUAAGCAACAUGGGGCUACCAUUACAUCUAUAAUGCCUUAGUCAAGGGAUGGUGGUAAUAAUGGGCUACAGCCAUCUACAGAUAUCUGAAGUUUAAUUCUUCAUUCUUGAUGUUAACAUUUAGCAAAAUACAAUGGGUUAUUUACUAGGAUAUAAAGUAACUGGGUGACAUUAAACAAUGGAAAGUUUUUGUUGAGUAUCAGAAAAAAAUUCCUGAUAGACCUUUGAGUAUGCAUUAUUACUUGUGUGUACAAAUGAUAGUUUAUAUGUGCAAAUAUGGAAGAAAAUACAAUUGAUAAUGCAUAAAGAAUGACUGUGCAAGUGCUUUGUGAUGGAAAUCUAAAUGCACCCAAAUGCAACUGGAUAUACAAUCCUA